AUGAAUCAAGCGUUUGGAAGAACUUUGGUCCCAGCUUUCGACCCCUAUGCCAAUUCCAUCAACUUCCUACUUGCGUGUUACGUGAUUCCUUAUGUUGGCCUCACUGGCCUGGUCGGAGCCACUCCAACGUUGCAAAAUGAGACAUACAAGUCGAUUGUUGCUGGCAUUCUAGGAGUAGAGGCUGGCGAAGAUGCAGUUUUUCGAGCACUUUUAUUUGAACGUAGGAACAUUCUAGUGAGUCCAUAUGCAGUGACUGUGGCAGAGUUCACAAAUCGUAUUUCAGACCUAAGAAAUAGGUUAGGUAGAGAAGGAAUAAAAGAUGAGGGUGUUGUUGUUCCUCCAUCGGAAGGUGCUGAGGGCAAAGUUUCAGGUAAUGUGCUUUCUGCUGACAAAUAUUCACUUUCAUAUCCAAGGAGUAUAGAAGAAAUAUUGAGGAUAAUAUAUGGAGGUAAUGCAAGUGUCCCCGGUGCCUUCUUCCCUAGAGGAGCAAAUGGUCGUCUUGCCCAAUCUUACUCUCUUGCAACAUAA